CUAAAUCCAUUUAUUGUCAAGUCGGGGUUAUAUAACCUACAAAAUUUUUGAGUAAUUAUCGGGGAUCAUUUAUUUUGGAAUAAAAAUUUUCUUGGAUAAGAAUGUGGUACGAAAUUUUACCAAGUGCUGGAAUAAUCUUAGUUGCAUUAGCUGUACCUGGAUAUGCAACAUUCUAUCUAAAUAAAGCAGUUUUUGGUAAUGCAUUUCGACGAAAUUUGGAUUUUCGAUGGGAUCGACAUAUGAUGCAACGGGAUGAACGUUUAACUGGCGAUGCUUAUAAGCAAAAUGGUUUAGAUGCAAUUCCAGAUAAAUAGAAAAAUUUAUAAUUAUUUUGUAGUUCAUUAAAUAUUUGAAAA